GGGAUUCGUUGAAGAUGCUGCAGACUUGCCUUGCGCUGUUCCCAGAUUCUUCCCCGUGCUGAUUGUUGGAAUCCCCAAAUCUGUGAGCAACGGGUCAUGCUACAAUAUCUGACAUGAAACGUCUAUCCAUUUUUGUUCUUGCCUGGUUGAUGGUUCUUGUUCAGUCUCACAUUGUUUUUGAGGAGAAGUCAGAUAAAACCAACAGUGGAAGCCCUGCCCGUUUUCCUGAUCUUCUUCCUCCCAUUUCCAUAGUAGAUUUGAAAAAGACAUCAAAAAGAGUAAGCAGAAUCGAUGCUGAAAAGAAUAAACUGGCUAAGAGAAAACUCAUACCUAAAAAGAAAGUGCAUCCUCCACCACCACCAAACUGUGUGCCUCUUCAAUCCAGCUGUAAACCUCCUGUGCCACCUUGCUGUCAGCCAUGUGCCAUAUGUCACUGCCACCUCUUCCAGACAGUCUGCUUCUACAAGAUGGGCAAUCCAAAUUGCUAGAAUAUAAUGUAAAAGGACACAAAAAUUAAUGUGUGUGUUUCUCCUGGCUAAAAUGGGCAUGAUGAAUAUUUUAACAUGAAAACCAGCAGUGCUCUAAACUCACUUGAGUAUCUUACACAGAAACACUUGUAUUCACUAUUUAUUUCACAUAAUUUCACAAAGUAAUUUCGCAAAACAAUUUUUAUAGUAAAAGGCAUUAACAUUUUUCGAUUUUGUAAUGGCUUAGUGAAAUAAGACAGUGCUCUCUAUCAGAAUGUUGUACUGUGUUCUAAGGAUUUAUUAACAGGCCUAAUUUUUUCACAUUUGUAAAAAAAAUUUAGUUCAUCAAUGUAUUCACUUGCAGCAUCUACCUUUAUAAAUAUGUUUAUUAGU